AUGUUUGAGAGUCCUGCCCUUCCCCCCUCUAAUGUUGCAGCCAGGAGGCUAGGGUGCACACCUGUCCCCAGUUACAAUCAGCGGGAGCGCAGGAGCCGGUAUAAGGAGCAGAAAGCAGGCAGACUGGGUGUGGAGAGUGGGGAGUGCAGACGGCAUGAACAGCACUACCCGAAAUGUUCUAGCACCUCCCACUGGGUCUUCAGGUCCUUUAAAGUAAAGAUGAGCUGUAUUCCUGCCUCGCACAGCAUGAGCACCAUUCUCAGUCAAGUGGAAUCUCAAUUGGAGGAGAGUCCAGCUCAGAGAAGAGGGAGCAAAGCUUACCAGAUCUUCCCUGAAGCUAACGUAAAUGAAGAUUCAGAUUUGAGCUCCUAUCCUGAAGACUUUCUCUACAGGAGGGAGCGUCUUCCCUCUAUUGUUGUGGAGCCCACGGAGCACAGUGAGCUGGAGAGCAGGGAACUGCACUGGCCUACAGGAUGCCUAAUGAGCAAUAGUGUGGAGGAGGAGGACAGUAGUGCUGAUCACACAGAGGGCUCUGUGGAUGGAGAGCAGCAGGAGGACAUGGGGACGGAAGAAGGGUAA